GCCCCAAAAAGUCUCGAAAAUGUCUAUCAAGCAGUUGUUAGCUAAGCUGAAGCCCACCAAGGCUCAAAAGACAAUGGUCACAGUCUUCAUACCAUCCGCUGCCACCUUUGGCAUGGCUGCUGGCCUGGCCGUCAUCUAUUUUACCGACUGGCGUCUCAUAACCAACUAUAUACCGCUCUACAAUACCAAAUAUCCCAAGGAGCCAGCUAAAUAAAAAUAUCCCGUAAAUACCCUGUAAUUGAAAUUGCAUUCAAGAUCGGUCUCUCCACA